CGUGAGCUCACGCAGCAGCAGCGGAGAGGUUGCAGAAACUGCACAUUCGAGGACAGAAAUUAUCGCAGAACGGAAAAGUGGAACCUACGAUCUGUAAAGGUUUCAUUCGAUUACUGUUGCGUUGUGUCGGAAGAACAGUGAUAGUUCAGUUUGUUGUUUUCGCGAUUCUCGGAAUUCCGUCGCGAAGUUUUUCGCCAAUCCUGGAGUAAUAUCGUCGGAACAAGUGUGUUGAAAACGCAGCAGCAGGCAUUGUGAGUGUGCACCAGAAGGUGAUGAAAAAUACGGGCUAUGAGUUCGGUUGAGUGGGAAGGAAGCGGAAAGUAAGAGAAGGAAAAAAUUUCUUCGAGUUUGUGUAUGUGUGCACAUACGUUUUUGAUUAAUCAAAACCAAUAAUAUUUGUGAAAUUCCUGGUCGGAAGCAAAAAAAAAAAAAGUCGGAGUGAUCAACAUCAGUGGUCUUGGUGGUAAUUUUGUGCGACCAGCGGAGCUACAGAUUAGAUAAGCGCGGUGGUUAGAUAGUGGUCCGGCUCAUUGUUUUCUGGAGAAGGCCACGACCGAGACAGGAACCCCUUUUACCAGGAGGACGGUUCAUUCGUAAGACGGGGAGCUGGAGUCGACGGGAGAUAAAAUUUUGCAUCAUCAGCACCAACUCCAGCAGCAGGCGGCGGACGGUGGAGUUGGCCGGGGUGGAAGUGGCAACAGCAGCAGCAACAGGAGGGAAGGCCGCAAGACGAAACCAGGUGCUUCCUGAAAAAUGCCUCCACCGCCACCGCCGCCCGGGCCUCCUCCGCCACCGGGUCCACCGCCGCCGCCGGCGGUGAAACUCGGCGGCGGAAUGCCCGCGGGGGACGGGCGGAACGCGCUGCUGCAGUCCAUCCAGAAGGGUACCAAACUGAAGAAAACGGUCACCGUGGACAAGAGUGGACCGGUGAUUCCGGGCAAAGUAACGACGACGACGUCGUCUAAUGCGGUCAACAAUCGCGGCCCGGCCUCGGCAGCAGCAGCCGGCGACAGCAACGGAGGCGGAGGUGUUGGAGGACCGAAACUGGGUGGAAUCUUUGAAGGUCUUUCUUCAAUGCCGAAACUGAAACCGGUCGGCAGUAGAGGCGCACAAUCACCAGCAGGAACAACUAGCAAUAAGUCACCAUCGCCGGAGAACACAAUCAAAAGCAACAACCGGCUCGGUGGUGGAGGAGGAGGAGGAGGGGGAGCAAUGGACUUUGCCGAUGAGCUGGCGGCUAAACUAACGCUCAAGAAGCCGAAACACACCGCCAGCAAUAGUAACAAUGCCAACAGUUCUAGCAACAAUGCCAUCAUCAACAGCAACAACAGCAACCACCAGCCGGUGACGGAAAAUAAUCUAAGGACUAACCGAGGUCCUCCGCCGCAGCCGCCAGUGCAGCUGAAGAACACCAAUGAUUCAUCGGUACCUCACGGGAAAUCGAGUUAUUCGAGUCAAAAAAGUCAAGCGCCCUCAACCCCGAGUCAGUCGCAGGCUUCGCCCUCCAAUGGAGCAGCAGCAGUAUCGUCAUCGGUCACUAGUCCCGCCGGAACAAACAACCACAACCACUUGCAGCCAAACAAAUCGACCCUGUUCGGCGGGGGAGGCGGCGGCAUAAGCAGUAGCAGUGCUAAUUCAUCUGCCUCCGGCAGUCCGGUGCCUCCACCGAGCAAACCGGUGCCAAAUCAUGGCAAACCGAAUCUGGCUCCGAAACCGCCCGGCAUGCAGCUGAACACCAGCGGGAACGGGAAUGGCGUCGGCAACCGGAACAUGGUCGGUAGGCAUCACAGUAUGAGGAGUCCCAGGUCUCCUCCAGUGGCAACAGGUGGUCCACAUUUCCCAGUGAACCACUUCGGAACUUUACGGGGUCCACCAUCGAGCUUUCAGUCAUCGGAGUCAAUUUCUCGGCAGAACAAUCUAAUAGGACGACCAGCAGCGCCACCACCGAAACCGCCGGUGAUGAAGCCUCCGCCUCCCCCGCCAGUUCGAAGCGUAUCGAACACUAAUCUUACGCAUUUACCGAUGAGCUUGGCACCGGAAGCGCCCGAACCGAACUUCGGUUCCGCCAACAACGUGGCCAGUGCCGUUGCGGAUGAGCUCAAAUCAAAGCUAGUCAACAGCGGUUCGGCGAAUAAUGUCGCAACGCUUACCACUUCCACCACCUCUUCCAAUUCGAUUAAUUCUACCAGCCAGCUCAGUAUUGCCAGCACGAAAACGAUCAGCAGUGGCAGCAUAAAGGCAACGGCAGCCCCUCCACUGCCGCCACACCGAACCUGUCCGGCACCACCUCCACCUCAACUCACCACAAGCACCAACAACACGGGCAGCGGCGAAGCACCACCCCAGCCGCCACAGCGAAUUUCCUCCAUACGACAACAGCAGCUGGCGCAACAACAACUUGCGGCCAACGUCAAUAGCAGCGCUAGCAACAGCAGUCAGCAGUCGAAUUCCAGCCUAAAACGGAAGGAAACUAUGAGUGCCGCCGCCGCCGGAGGUGAGGUAGCUGAUCGGCGGAAGCUGGCAGCGCCCCUGCAGGAGAUCGACCUGGAGGCCAAGUAUUCGUUCUACUUCCGGAAGGUAACCGAGUUUCCGGCACCGAUUCCGUUUCUCAACGUAGCCAAAAUCUAUCCGAGUGCGAUACGACAACAGCAGCAGCAUCAGCAGCAGCAACAGCAUCAGUAGGUAGUGAUAGCCAGCAACAGCACUGCUGCCACCGGCUGGCAGCAUGGGAUUUUACGGCAAUCGAGAUCAUUUAGGAAAUAUAAAAGUGGGCGCGACUUUUCCACCUCCGGUGGUGAGACGGGAAAAUUAUAAUGUGUCGAUCCAAAACCCCCUGCAUAAUAAUAUAGGCUCUCAGUUUAGCCACAACACACACAUCGCUCAACUAAUUACUGCGUUGCAGUGCAAAACAGAAAUCAAGUUAUCGGAACUAGCAAAGCAAAUAAACGUUAUAUUUAAACUACUACAUGAUGAUCAUCAUAUCAAAGUUCACAACAGACUUAAUAGGCAACAAGGAACAAACAAACCCGCUAGCAGCAGCAGCAGCAGCAGCAGUGUAUUAUUAAUCGUCUACCAACCGUAAUAUCCGAAACACUGUUUCCAAAAAAUCCUCGUGAAAGUUUAAACGUCUGUAAAUAUAUGCGUUGCUCUAGGACACCAAUUACUACUAACCUAUGAAUGGUUCUGACUUUUCUGUAGGCAAAUAAAAAACAAAACCAGAAACAUAUUUAGGGGAACACUUUUACCCCCGUUGUAGGGAAAAAAAAUAUAACAAAAAAGUGCAUGAACUAGGGUUAAUCGAAAAGAAGAAAGGCAACAAAACAAUAAUUACACAAUCUAGGAAGUUCUAUUAACAAAAAAAACCUGAAAAUAAUGUUGACAAAGCUCUUUCAAAGUGAGUGUCGCAACGCGAAGGAAAAAAAAGGUUUAAAAAUCGUUACUCGUAAAGAAAUAUUCUUUAUUAAUUUUAUUGUUAUUUUGUACAUAUUACGCAAUAUUUAAUCCUUCUACUUUAUUAACUGAAUCAUGAAGAUUUUAAACUAAUUCGAAGUCGGAGAGAAGGAAAGAAAAAUGUAUUACACUAAAAG